AUGGUGACCCAAGUCAAGAAUGUCGCACUCGUUGGUGCCAGCGGUAAUCUAGGGGUUGUCAUCCAGAAUGACUUCCUCGCACAGCUAGACUCACCCCUCCGUGUCUCCGUCUUAACAAGACAGGGCUCCGAUGCCAAGUUCCCCGCUGGCUUGAAUGCCAUCUCAACCGACUACAGCCCGGCGUCUCUUGAGCAAGGCUUGAGGGGACAAGAUGUGGUUAUCAUGUUCCUCCCCCCGGAAUCUACCGUCGACCACGAAACCGUCAUGGACGCGGCCGUCAGGGCUGUCGUCAAGCGCUUCUUCCCUUCCGAUGUUAUCGAUGGGCUUCUUGGUGUUGACGUCAACACCCGCCAAGUGCGCUUGUACAACGGCGGCCAUGUACCAAUCUCCACGGGCCCCCGUGACCUGGCGGCCCAGGCCCUCUACACGCUCCUAACUGACCCAGAGCGGUUCGAAGAAGCAAAGAACAUGUACAUCCAUGUGGCUUCUUACACCGUGACACAAAACGAGAUUCUCUCGGUCGUGGAAAAGCUGACCGGUCAGAACUGGAAGGUCGAGAAUCUCAAGUCCAACGAGGUUGUGUCUGAAGCGUUGGAGAGCAUCAAGAACGGGUGGAAUUGGGGCCUUGCUCUCCAGGUCCAGGCAAUUCUGUUUGACCGAGGCUCGGACGGGCACGCAAGGGGUGACUUUCGGCCGUUGGGGAUAUGGAUUAACAAGCUGAAUCUGCCCAAAAGCACUCCGGAAGAAGACCCGAGGGGUCCUCUUGCUGGGGAGUGGAAGGGAAUUCUUCACUGGCAGCCAGAGAAGCUUCCAAACUACACACUCAAGCAGGAUAUUGCUCUCGGCACGCGCCUGUAA